AGGCAAGCAGGGGGCAUAGAGGCAAACGGGGCACACAGAGGCAAGCGGGGGACCAUGAACAGGCAAGGAGUGCGAGGCUCCACCCGCCCGGGCAAGGCCAGGCUCCCACAGAACCCUGCUGUGGCCAGGCAAGUGCAUGGGGCCAGGCCAUCCCCCUCACUCAGAUGCAGGGGCAGUGAAGGUGGGGCAAGAGCAUGCAGGGUAGUGCCCAGAACCCUGGGCAGGACAGGGCCCCUGCCAGAGUGCCCAGAACAGCUCAGUGACAGGGAGCUGGCCUGGCUGCGAGGGCUGGGCAUGCGUCACGAGUCACCUGUGACCAGGAGAGGCAGGAACACUGGCUCACAUGACUUGCUGGGCCCUGGCACACUGUGGUUCUGGGGGCACCGCCUGCUGCUCCCAGCCUUCAAAACCUGCACCUCAUGCUCACUCCUCUGGGAGCCGUGGCUAGGAACCCACAGGUUCUCAAACCGGCUCCCACAGGCACUCCCAGGGACCCCUGUUCCUACCAUGAGCCUGGCCAGAGAGGAGGCAGGCCACAGAGCCACGUUCCCCAGGAGCCCCUCCAGAGAGGAGGCGGGCCACAGAGACUCAUCCACCCAGCGUGACCAAGGAGAGAGUUUCCUCAGACUCUUCCUUCUAUGCCUCUCAGCGCAGCUCCUGACACAGGCAGGAGCCUGACCUCCUUGGCUCUAGGAAUGCCCGCCCCCAGUUGGCUUCCCUCCGAAGAUCUCUAGGUAAUGCCUGGUAAAAAGAGGGCCCUGGGGAGAAUGUUGGGGCAAACAGGCAAAGCGUGUCACCUUCCAACCGAUGGAAAGGGAAGGAAAACAGGUGCUGCUCAGCUCAUAACCUUCCUUGGAAACAGAAAUUAUCUUUGUGGUUGAUACCUAGUGAACUGCACAGAGAACAACCUGCAGCUUUGAAGUAUAUAAAUCCUUCAGUAUCUGUCAGCUGCCAGUAAAUAAAAAUGCACUCAGGAGAACUUUCCACCUGACCCCACCCAAGAGCCCAGCUGGCGUUUCCAGGUCCCGGCUGGGGUGAGAGCAGGCACUGGAGAGCGGCUCAGAUGGUGAGCGGGACGCACGUGAGCGCAUGGAGGAAAUGCCAGCAGCUCCCGCUCCACGUGACACCCUCCCAAGAAUUGAGCCAUUCUCAGCUCGGCAGAUGCUGGAUGCUGGCCGCUUCCCUCCGGCUCGGCUGACGGAGGGGCAGGCAUUAGCAAUCCAGGCAGCUUCUCUCGGACUCCCCGAGAGGAGGGGGCGUGGCGGGCCACAGGCUGGCCUGCGUGGUUCCACCUGCAGGAGAGCUCCGCAGAGGCAUCCCUUGCAGGAGGCUCAUGAUUGGGGCCGGCUCAACUUCUCUCCAGCCGUGCCAUAUCCCAUCUGUGCACAGACAUGCUGGAUGCACGCGCUCCCAUCUCUGCUUCCGAUCUGAGCCUGCCCUCCACCUCCGCUGUGCCUCUGGGAACCUCUGUGUUCUGUGGGCUGUGAGUGCAGCCCGGCCUUUGCUCUACAGUAGACCCUUCAUUGAUUUUCUCCGGGAAAAAAAGAGCUUGUAACCAAUGUCUCCGGCACACUGAGCACCAGGGGCAGCUGCCUGCACCUGGACAAGUCUCGGCCUGACCUGCCCCUGGGCACUCGGUGGGACAGCCUGCAGGGAUGCAGACAGGGACCUGCAGGGAGAGGCCACGGCCCCCAGGAGCUGGGCUGUCAGAAAGGUGGGGCCAGAGGCCAGCUGUGCUCAGUUCAGCCCCUUGUUUCUGGAACCCAGCAGUAAACAGCAGGAGGGAGGGGCGGCGGUGCCUGCCAAGGGAGGCAGAGGCCCUUCGGGGAACUCAGGAAAACAAGUGCUCGCAUCCUGGGGCCCUGGCUUGCACGCACGCGCAGGAGGCCAGGCGCACUGCUGAUAAGAGCCGCGGGUUUGCCGAGAAGUGCGGCAGCCCAGGUCUCACCAGAGCUUGGUGGCCGCCUCCGUCCCACCAUGCUGCUCUCGAACAGUGGCCAGGACCCACAGCGCCAAGAAGCAUGGGCCACCAAGUAAAGGGUUGUGGAGUCCUGCCGGCUGCCAUGUGGGGCUGCAGCUGGCUCAAUGGCACAGGACUGGUGGAGGAGCUGCCUGCCUGCCAGGACCUGCAGCUGGUGCUGCUGGUGCUGUCACUGCUGGGCUUGCUAGUGGGUGUACCGGUGGGCCUGUGCUACAACGCUCUGCUGGUGCUGGCCAACCUUCACAGCAAGGCCAGCAUGACCAUGCCGGAUGUGUACUUCGUCAACAUGGCAGUGGCAGGGCUGGUGCUCAGCGCCCUCGCCCCCGUGCACCUGCUGAGCCCCCUGAGCUCCCGGCAAGUGUGCCAGGACUCCCAGUGGCCACUGUGGAGUGUGGGGAGCGAGGUCCAUGUGGCACUCCAGAUCCCCUUCAAUGUGUCCUCGCUAGUGGCCAUGUACUCCACCGCCCUGCUGAGUCUCGACCACUACAUUGAGCGUGCGCUGCCGCGGACCUACAUGGCCAGUGUAUACAACACGAGGCACGUGUGCGGCUUUGUGUGGGGCGGAGCGCUGCUGACCAGCUUCUCUUCGCUGCUCUUCUACAUCUGCAGCCACAUAUCUGCCCGUGCACUGGAGUGCACCAAGAUGCAGAACGCUGAGGCUGCUGACGCCAUGCUGGUGUUCAUCGGCUAUGCGGUACCGGCGCUGGCUGCCCUCUACGCGCUGGUGCUGCUCUCCCGCGUCCGCAGGGAAGACACGCCCCUGGACCGGGACGAGGGCCGGCUGGAGCCCUCAGCACACAGGCUGCUGGUGGCCACUGUGUGCACGCAGUUUGGGCUCUGGACACCGCACUACCUGACCCUGCUGGGGUGCACGGUCUUUGUCUCGCGAGGGAAGCCUGUGGAUGCCCACUACCUGGGGCUGGUGGACUUUGCAAAGGAUGUGUCCAAACUCCUGGCCUUCUGCAGCAGCUUUGUGACGCCGCUUCUCUACCGCUACAUGAACCAGAGCUUCCCUGGCAAGCUCCGGCGGCUGAUGAAGAAGCUGCCUUGGGGGAACCGGCACUGCUCCCCGGACCAUGUGGGGGUGCAGCAGGUGCUGGCCUAGGUGGCCUGGCCCAGCCCUCCCACACAGGAACGCAGCAGGCGGUGACAUAGGCCCAGCCCUCUCACGUGGGGUGCAACAGGUGAUGAUGUAGGCAGCCCGGCCCUCCCACGCGGGGGUGCAGCAGGUGCUAGUGCAGGUGGCCCAGCCCUCCCACGUGGGAAUGCAGCAGAUGCUGAUGUAGGCCUAGCCUUCCCGGGAGGAGGUGGCUCUGGAGGACGCAGAGCACUUUGCUACCCUGGACGGCCCCUGCGUCCUUCCCAGAAGAUGAGCUGCUACAAGAGAAAUAUGAAAGGUGUUUCUCUUGCACUUUUAUUUUUCCCACAAAGGCCACUCUUGGGCCAAGGCCGUGCUGUCCCCAGUGGCUGGCGCCUGGCGUGAGUCUCCCCGAGGCCUGUGCGUCUCCUGAACACAUGGCGCAAGGUCCACAUCUGCAAAAGCCUCCUCGCUUUCAGCCCCCACAGAAUUCAGUUUGUCAAUGAAGUGAUGAAAGCCUAGAGCCAGUAUUUAUACUUUGCGGUCAAAACACUUGGUUGCCCCUCAUUUGUUUUAUAAAAAGAGAUGUUUUCUAGAAAAAUGACAAGUAUGAAAAUGAAGGAAACCCCAUGAAAGAAUGCCAGCAGACCAGGGUGACUUGCCCCUACCAGUGGGCGGCAUGGUGCUGGCUGGGCCUGCCAGGUGUGCCGCGGUUACCACAGGAUUCUGAGAAUAUUUCACAGAAGUGCCUGAGACGUGCGAGACGCGGCUGGUGUUAAACAAAGCCACCCAGUAGCAGUGACGUGCUCUCCCCAGCCACCACGUGUCCCUGACACCCUCUCCAGACCCCACAGAUAACAUCAGCUGAGGUUUUCUCAGUAUGAAUCUGUCCUUCUAAAUCAACUUCCCAAAGUGUGCACAAAACUAAAGAAAAUGAAAGAAAGGUGUGUUAGGGUUUCUGGCUGAAUACCAGAGCUGACGGGUCCCCCCACUGCAGGGGACAGAGGGCCGGAGGCUGUGUGGCAUGGGGUCUGGCGGGAGGGACAGGAAAGAACCUGAGGCCAGCUCCCAAAGCGCCUGGGAGCAGCAUCUGCAUCUCUGCGGCCCUUGCAGCCUCAGCUAGGGCCCAGACCGGCCUGUUUCGCUUGGGUGCAUGGGUCCGUAGUCAGGGGCCAUCGUCCCUCAUCAACCUCACUCGAGACCUUCCACCCACUGGUGUUCUGUAAAUCAUCUACUUUAAAAUGUGGCCAUGAGAAAAGACCCCAUUCCUCCACACCAUCUGUUCGCCUCUACACGAUUUUCUAGGAUUAAAUUACAGGCCCACAAUCCCCUAUCCCCAAUUCUAAAACCCAGAAAGCUCUGAAAACAGCAAGAUCUUCCCCAAAGUCUGCAGCAAAUUCACGUGGCAGCGAUCCCUGACCGGAAGAGAUGUGAGGGCUGCAUGUCCACGUGGACCCCACCCUUCUGGAGAAAGGUCGGCGUGGCUGUGGGGGCUGCCCCAUGCUCCGGUGUUCUGUGGACACCCCAGGCACACUUCCUCCCCACAGCCUGAGCCCGCUGGAAUUCUGAGUACGCCCGGCCCCAGGGACAGUGGGCCGGGAGGUGCAGCUUGCCGCCAUCGACGUGGGGACAUCACGCUCUGGUCCCAGUCUCCUGGGACUUCAGCCGUGAGGUCACUGGCAUUAUAUAUCGUGUGCUGCGAGUGGGUCAGAGUCGGCCUGGUGAGGACGUGUGGCUGCAGGCGACUCCUGCUGGGACUGAGACUCUCAGGACAGACUCCUAAGCUGCAGGAUCAGAAAAGAGUUUUCUGAGCUGCUUUCGUCAGUGUUUUCUUUCAGAUGUGUCAGGAUCACAUGUGGAUCUUUAAAGCUGCAGGCCUGACCUCCUUCCCACUCCCUCUGGAGCCGGAGCGGGUGGAAGGGCCUCAUCUCUGAUGGUCCCGGGCUUCCCAUCUCCAUACCUGUGUGGAAACCCUGGCAUCCAAUGAGGAAACGGUCACACCACCCCGCAGAACCCUGCCCGGUGGCUGGCGCCGAGUCACCCCAACCCUCCUCCCUGUGCAGCCUGGCUCUGCAGGGUGGGGUGUCUGUGUGUGAACCAGGAGACCCCCUUCCUGUUGGAUAUGCUCCAGCCCUCUUGGCUCCAGGCUGAGCUCCUGGGAGAGGGGCAGACCCCACAGCACAGGUGAGGGUGGUGCCGGGCUGCAUCUGCUGGGGAAUUACCCCAUCCAACCGGUCCUCCCCAAAGGCGGAAGGGGCCUAAAAUCACUUUAUUGAAAUUUAUUGGUAGCUCUGGGUGCAAAAUGGCUCAUUUCUGCGGGUCUGUUGGGGAGCCUGGCCUGCACUCAAUACCCCUGUUGGGUGGUCAGGUGGAGAGGCCCCGGGGACACCCCACAGCCUGGUCAGCUUUUCCUGGUGGGCCACACACAGGGCAGGCACAUGACUCCAGUGCAGACCCCCGCCUGCUACCUGAGACCCUUUGCUACACAUGGCCUCCCCUUACCCUUACCCAGCCAGUCCCCUCCUCAUCCCCAGACCCCACCAGCCUCUGCCGCCUGAGACCCUCCACUGUGCACUGAGGCCUCCAUCCGCAUCCCCAGACCCUGCCAGCCUCUGUGGCUGCUUCCCAGGAUCUGUGUUGCUGAUGUUUCCUGAGACAUCUGCUUGCCUAUAUUCUGUGCUGCCUUCGUCUGGGAAGAUUCAGUGCCUCCUGUGCCUCCUGCCUACUGAGUGAUUCCCAAGGCCUUCACCUCAACACACACAGGACACAAGAACUUAAGCCACCUGGGGGAGAAAAAGGUGUUACUUGUAAAAAGCCACGUAGCUGUCUGCCCAACUCCCUAAUUCUUCCCACAUCUGUGAGACACCAGGACGCGAGUUUUUCAGUGUUUGACGUCCCAGAAUCAGUAAUGUUGCUACCAACACUUCUUGACUACUAUAGUUAACAUAAUUCAUCUUAUUUUUGUUUAUCUACAAAAAAGCCCUACUGUGCUUCAUUACAUAAGAUUUCAGGAAAGGAGUUUAGUCAUGAAUUCGCUUCGUUGAAGGUGUGAGAGUUGUUGCAGGAGGCUGGAUCUAUUGUAAGUUGUGGCAGAGAGAUUAGGAAAUCUACACACAUCUUUUAUACACAGCACACGACAGAAGGAAACCAGGAAUAGACUGAGGGUUAUGCUGCAUGUUGAGGCCUCGACCCCAGGGAGAUGUGGGCACCCUCUGACCGCUCAGCAGCUCAGUCCUUCCCCAUGGCCGCACCUGUUUGCCUGAAGAUCCGUGAAUAUGAAAAGGAAGAAACUGUAGACUAUUAAAUUAUUUGAUACUUA